UCGAAUAUGACUAUGAUUAUAGUGACGGAGACUUUAUAGAGUUUGACUAUCAUCCAACUGAGGAAGUCCCAACAUUGGAGCAGACAGAAUUCCCAACUGAGAGAAAGAAAUCCAUUUCAUUCAUCAAACUGAAGAAGGAUGUUGGACAAACUAUAACUAAGAACAUUGCGACAAAGAUUACUUCCAAAAAAACUUUUACAACUCAGAAGAGGAAGCAGCACCUUUCCAGCCACCAAUCGUCAAAACUUCAGGUUGUGAACAAUGUGCUGCCAGAGGAGACAGGAGAGGAAUAUUACUAUGAAACAUAUGAAGGAACGACCAGCUCAGCAGCUCGAGAGAAAGCGAACGAGACAAACAUUGAAGAAGACUAUAAAGAUGAAUAUCUGACUGGAGAGGAUUAUCAUUUUGAAAAGCAAGUGACUGAUGAAAAUGAACAGGACCUCAAUGAGUAUGACCUCAAUGGGUACGAUUUCAAAAUGUACGAUCCUGGUGAAUAUGAUGACAAGGAAUAUGAUGAGAAAGAGUAUGACCCCACUGGGCAUGACCCCACUGGGCAUGACCCCGCUGGGCACAAUGCCAAAGUUACUUCCACCAAAGGGACCAGUGAUAAUGACCAGGAAUUCAAAGCAUAUGAUGUUGAAGAAUAUGACCCCAGUGAAUAUGACACCAAGCGUUACGAAGAUGAAUAUUAUUAUGAAAUCACAGAAUACGAAGAUAAAGACCCAAAGACCACAGCUACUGGGGUGGAGUUUGGUGCUGGGGUACCUGCGGAGACGAGUGUGAACACAAAUUCUCUCGGACUGCUGGGAGAGAAGGGGCAGAAAGGAGAGCCUGCUGUGGUGGAACCUGGAAUGCUGAUAGAAGGACCCCCUGGGCUGGCAGGAGCACCGGGUCUCCCAGGUUCUGCUGGUUUGACUGGCCCUCCAGGACCCCCAGGCGAUCCAGGUCAGAGGGGUCCGCCUGGUCGAGCUGGUCUUCCAGGAGCAGACGGAUUGCCUGGUCCUCCAGGCACAAUGCUCAUGUUACCGUUCCGGUAUGGUUCGAGUGGUGAAAAGGGGCCAGUGAUAUCAGCUCAGGAAGCCCAGGCUCAGGCGAUUCUACAGCAGGCUAGGAUUGCAAUGCGAGGUCCAACUGGGCCAAUGGGAUUGACAGGAAGAGCGGGUCCUGUGGGAAUUCCCGGAUCACCUGGACUAAAAGGUGAACAAGGUGAAGAAGGUCCACAGGGUCCGAGAGGAAUCCAAGGACUGCUGGGUGCUUCUGGAAAGCCAGGCAAGAGGGGUCGUCCUGGUGCUGAUGGAUCCCGGGGAAUGCCAGGAGAACCUGGAGCAAAGGGGGAUCGUGGUUUCGAUGGAUUACCAGGCCUCCCAGGGAUGAAAGGAAACAGGGGUGAGACCGGGGCAAUGGGUCCCCCUGGUCCUCCUGGAGAAGAUGGGGAACGGGGUGACGAUGGAGAGAUUGGUCCACGAGGGUUACCUGGUGAAGCUGGGCCAAGGGGACUUCUUGGGCCACGAGGAUCUCCAGGACCCCCUGGACAACCCGGUCCUACUGGUUUGGAUGGGCCUCAGGGUUCCAAAGGAAACAUGGGUCCGCAGGGGGAGCCUGGUCCCGCGGGUCAGCAGGGAAUCCCAGGACCCCAGGGUCUGAUUGGGCCUCAAGGUACCAUUGGGCCUCCAGGAGCCAAGGGCCCUCCGGGUAAGGCUGGGUUACCAGGCCUCCCAGGAGCUGAUGGACCUCCGGGCCACCCUGGUAAAGAGGGACCAGCUGGAGAGAAGGGUGCUGAGGGUUCCACAGGGCCACAGGGUCCUAUUGGAUAUCCAGGACCUCGCGGAGUUAAGGGAGCUGAUGGAGUUCGCGGCCUUAAAGGAGCAAAGGGAGAAAAGGGUGAAGAUGGCUUUCCUGGGUUUAAAGGUGACAUGGGUGUGAAAGGUGAAAGGGGUGAAACUGGUUCGGUGGGUCCUCGAGGUGAGGAUGGACCUGAGGGGCCGAAAGGUCGUGCUGGGCCUCCAGGAGAUGCUGGAUCAUCAGGAUCUGCUGGAGAGAAGGGAAAACUCGGCGUUCCAGGAUUACCUGGAUAUCCCGGGAGACAAGGUCCAAAGGGAUCGACAGGAUUCCCAGGAUUUCCUGGCUCAAAUGGGGAAAAAGGAGCGAGGGGUGUUCCUGGUAAAUCUGGCCCGAGAGGACAAAGGGGUCCGACCGGUCCACGUGGAGGUCGUGGUCCAAGAGGUCCCACUGGAAAACCAGGAGCAAAGGGAACAUCUGGAAGUGACGGUCCCCCUGGUGGGCCUGGGGAAAGGGGACCUCCAGGACCCCAGGGCCCCACUGGAUUUGCCGGACCCAAAGGGCCUCCAGGACCCGCUGGUAAGGAUGGAUUGCCAGGACACCCUGGACAGAGGGGCGAGACUGGUUUCCAAGGCAAGACCGGGCCCCCUGGUCCGGGGGGUGUUGUGGGACCUCAGGGUCCAACAGGAGAGACCGGGCCGUUAGGUGAGCGAGGGCACCCAGGACCCCCUGGACCACCAGGGGAACAAGGUCUCCCAGGAGCAGCUGGAAAAGAAGGUGCUAAGGGUGACCCAGGGCCUACGGGUGUUGCUGGAAAAGAUGGUCCUCCAGGUCUUCGUGGAUUCCCUGGAGAGAGAGGCCUGGCUGGAGCAAUGGGACCAGCGGGAUUGAAAGGAGGCGAGGGUCCAAUUGGUCCGACCGGCCCCGUUGGAUCUCCUGGCGAGCGAGGAGCUGCUGGAUCUGCUGGACCGAUUGGUCUUCCUGGCCGUCCUGGUCCUCAAGGGGGCCUUGGUCCUGCUGGAGAGAAGGGAGCUCCUGGGGAGAAAGGACCCCCGGGUCCAGCCGGUCGUGAUGGGGUGCAGGGACCAGUUGGUUUGCCUGGUCCUGCUGGGCCACAAGGACCUCCAGGAGAAGAUGGUGACAAGGGUGAGAUUGGGGAACCUGGUCAGAAAGGAACAAAAGGAUCAAAAGGGGAGCAGGGACCUCCUGGACCUCAUGGUCUUCAAGGACCUAUUGGACAGCCUGGACCAGCAGGUGGAGAUGGGGAGCCGGGUCCCAGAGGUCAGCAGGGAAUGUUCGGACAGAAAGGUGAUGAAGGACCGCGUGGAUUCCCUGGUCCACCUGGGCCAAUCGGUCUUCAGGGUCUGCCAGGACCACCAGGUGAAAAGGGUGAGACUGGGGACGUCGGUGCCAUGGGACCACCUGGACCUCCUGGUCCUAGAGGACCUCAAGGACCCAGUGGGGCUGAUGGACCUCAAGGACCUUCUGGUGGUGUUGGUUCUCCUGGUGGUGUUGGUGAGAAGGGAGAGACAGGGGAGGCUGGUAACCCAGGGCCACCUGGAGAGAGGGGGCGAUCGGGGCCUAAAGGUGAUAUCGGUGACAAGGGGGAGGCGGGGCCCCCAGGGGCAGCUGGUCCGGCUGGUCCCAAAGGCCCACCAGGAGACGAUGGUCCAAAAGGCAACCCGGGUCCUGUUGGUUUUCCUGGGGAUCCUGGACCUCCCGGGGAACCAGGACCAUCAGGAACAGAUGGAAUUCCUGGUGAGAAAGGUGAAGAUGGAGAGGCAGGACAACCUGGACCGCCCGGACCAUCAGGAGAAGCAGGGCCCCCGGGACCUCCCGGGAAACGGGGACCACAUGGAGCAGCUGGGACCGAAGGAAGACAAGGAGAAAAAGGAGCAAAGGGUGAACCAGGAGCAGAGGGGCCUCCCGGAAAGACCGGCCCAGUUGGUCCUCAGGGACCUCCAGGAAAAUCAGGCCCCGAGGGAUUGCGGGGAAUUCCCGGACCUGUUGGUGAACAAGGUCUCCCUGGACCACCCGGUCAAGAUGGGCCCCCAGGACCAAUCGGUCCACCUGGUCUUCCUGGACUGAAGGGGGUUCCAGGUAACAAGGGGGAGAAGGGUCACCCAGGUUUGAUUGGAUUGAUUGGACCCCCAGGAGAACAAGGUGAAAAGGGAGACCGGGGACUCCCAGGGCCACAGGGAGCGCCAGGGGUGAAAGGUGACAGUGGCAUUACCGGAUCCUCUGGACCCCUCGGCCCCCCUGGACCCCCCGGUUUACCUGGUCCACUUGGUCCAAAGGGAUCGAAGGGUUCAGUAGGUCCAUCUGGGCAGAAAGGAGACACUGGAUUGAUGGGACCUCCUGGGCCUCCUGGCCCCCCUGGUGAGGUCAUUCAGCCGUUGCCAAUCCGGACUCCAAAGAAAACACGGAGAUCUUCCGACGGGAUCCAGGCUGAUGAGGCUGACAACAUCCUCGAUUACACCAAUGGGAUGGAGGACAUCUUUGGCUCCCUUGAUAACUUGAAAAUGGAAGUUGAUCGAAUGAAGAAUCCAAUGGGAACACACAGCAAUCCCGGCCGGACCUGUAAAGACCUGCAGCUGUCUCAUCCAGACUUCCCAGAUGGUGAAUAUUGGAUUGAUCCAAACCAAGGUUGCCAUGGAGAUUCCUUCAAGGUGUACUGCAACUUCACCAGUGGAGGCGAGACCUGUAUCUAUCCCGACAGGAAAUCUGACGGCGUUCGAAUCUCUCCCUGGCCCAAGGAAACCCCUGGCUCCUGGUUCAGUGAGUUCAAGAGAGGAAAACUGCUGGCAUAUGUGGACGCCCAGGGUGAGCCAAUUAACUUGGUGCAGAUGACAUUCCUGAAGCUGUUGAGUGCCUCUGCAAGGCAGAAUCUCACAUAUAACUGUCAGAACUCCGUGGCCUGGUACGAUGCAGCCUCAGACAGCUACGAUAAGGCACUCCGAUUCCUGGGUUCCAAUGACGAGGAGAUGUCACAUGAUAAUAAUCUGUACAUCAAAGCCAUCUCAGAUGGUUGUAUGUUCCGGAAAGGUUUAGAAAAGACCGUACUCGAGAUUCACACUGCAAAAGUGGAUCAAGUGCCUAUCAUUGACUUAUUGGUGAGUGACUUUGGCAACACGAACCAGAAGUUUGGAUUUGAGGUGGGUCCUGUUUGUUUCCUGGGCUAAGAGACUGAGACAAACCAACACCUUCAUCGCACCCACCCACUACAAGACACGUGCAAGUUUUGAUCCUGGAUGGAGUAAACAUUGUCUCACUGUGUAUGUAUGUACUAAUAUCUAGAAAUUAUUAAAUGCCCUUGUGGGGUCAGAAUCACAUGACUUAAACCUAUUAUGGGGAUCCUAGAGGAACGUAUAAUGGUGUGGAGUUGUCUCGCUGCCAAAGGGAAAGCUUUGGUCCAAUCUGGAGGGAGAUCAUCAGCCAACAGAGAGUGGAACUGACUACUCAAGGUGUUCACACACGUUGCCAAGGUGGUCUGAAGGUGUAUUUUAAUGAACUGUAAUUAUUUUAUUGUAAAAUACCAUUUAUAUCUGUUUCCACUCUCAGAACUUGCAUGUGUCUCUCUGGCUGCCAUUUUUUAAAGAGCCAUUUUUAACUUUUUUUUGGAAACUCAGAAGCAAACUGUAAUAAUUAAAAAGAAACAAAAUAAAAUGUUAGCCUCUUGUGAAUGAGCUGUAUUCUUUCCUGCACUGGACUUGUGUGAACAGAUGUUGCUCUUUAACAUGGAACUGGGAGCUGAGCUGAGGCCAAGUGAAUGUCAUUGGGACUCUGAGCCAAUUGAAGAAUUCCUUGAAAAGGGCCACCCAUGGUGAUGAAGUGAACGAUAACUGACAGCUCCUUUUAGGAUGCUGCUGAUGUCUCCUUUUACAACAACUUGCCCAAUUGUGGAGACUGACUCUGCAAGAGGGUGCAGGACACUGUGUUAUGGUGCUAUAUUUAUACAUUUUCAUUGGAUUCUGAAAUGUCCACGAUGUAAAAUGGAGUCAAGAGCACUUGCAGAAUUGACAAAUCUACAUUUGAUAGGUUUGAGCUACCCAAGUGAAUCUCAGCGAUUUACACAACCUGAGUUUAAGAACUCAUUCUCCUGGACUCUGGCUUUGCUCCCCUCAAACACUCGAUCUCUCUGUUUUGCUUGGCACUCUUUAGUUGAAGCAGAGAAAUUGGUUCUCCAGUGGUUGGAACAUGAGGUCUAUGGGCUAUUUGAGACAUCUUUUAUUAAAGCUAAGUGUUGCCUGGAGAAGCUAGACUGGACGCUCUCUCCCUUAAACAAACUAUUUAACUCAUUGUUCAUGAAAGGCCAUGCAAAGACCAUAAUAUGUCUAGGUCAUGUGAUUCUAACUCGUUGCUAAGCAACAAGUAAGUAACGAUCCACUUACAUCCAAAAAUUCCACAUUCGUUGUUUGUUAACAUUGGAUUUUGCAAUUCCUUCUCUAACAAUUUCCAUCUUGGAAUUUGUUUUCUAAUCUAUGUAAGACUUGAAAAGAAGCGUUUGGUUAACUAUUUACCUUCAGAGUUGAUUGAUAUUCAGACUCCAUCCAAUAAUCUGUGACACUUGAGAUUCAAAUGGAAAUACUGCCUUUCCUCUCAUUUCCAGAGCUACGUUUGUAAAUAUCGACCUGGAAAAUAGUAAGAGAAUUUCAUGAAUAAAAGUCAAGUCGUGUCUA